GGAUGCGCCUUGGGUCACGGGGACGUGGAAAGCCCGCAGCCUUUGUGUCCUUAUCGGGGCCAGAGUGGCUGCAGCUCACCCCUUAGCUCCCGUAGGGUCCCAGCUGGGAGCCGAGAUAGAAGCUGCUGUCGCCGCUGGGCUUCUCGCCUCCUGCCGAGAGGCACACGGAGACCGGGAUGGCCACCUCUAUGGGCCUGCUGCUGCUGCUGCUGCUCCUGAGGCAGCUCGGGGCCGGGACGGGAGCUGACACGGAGGCGGUGGUCUGCGCGGGGACCGCCUGCUACACGGCCCACUCGGGCAAGCUGAGCGCUGCCGAGGCUCAGAACCUCUGCAACCAGAACGGGGGCAACCUGGCCACUGUGAAGAGCGAGGAGGAGGCCCAGCACGUCCAGCGAGUACUGGCCCAACUCCUGAGACGGGAGGCAGCCCUGACGGCAAGGAUGGGCAAGUUCUGGAUUGGGCUCCAGCGAGAGAAGGGCAAGUGUCUGGACCCCAGUCUGCCGCUGAAGGGCUUCAGCUGGGUGGGCGGCGGCGAGGACACGCCUUACUCUAACUGGCACAAGGAGCUCCGGAACUCGUGCAUCUCCAAGCGCUGUGUGUCUCUGCUGCUGGACCUGUCCCAGCCGCUCCUUCCCAGGCGCCUCCCGAAGUGGUCCGAAGGCCCCUGUGGGAGCCCAGGCUCCCCCGGAAGUAACAUCGAGGGCUUCGUGUGCAAAUUCAGCUUCAAAGGCAUGUGCCGGCCUCUGGCCCUGGGGGGCCCAGGUCAGGUGACCUACGCCACCCCCUUCCAGACCACCAGUUCCUCCUUGGAGGCUGUGCCCUUUGCCUCCGCCGCCAAUGUGGUCUGUGGGGAAGGGGAUAAAGACGAGAGUCAGAGUCAUUAUUUCCUGUGCAAGGAGAAGGCCCCCGAUGUGUUCGACUGGGGCAGCUCGGGCCCCCUCUGUGUCAGCCCCAAGUAUGGCUGCAACUUCAACAAUGGGGGUUGCCACCAGGACUGCUUUGAAGGCGGGGAUGGCUCCUUCCUCUGCGGCUGCCGGCCAGGGUUCCGGCUGCUGGACGACCUGGUGACCUGUACCUCACGAAACCCUUGCAGCUCUAGCCCAUGUCGUGGGGGGGCCACAUGCAUCCUGGGACCCCAUGGGAAAAACUACACGUGCCGCUGCCCCCAAGGGUACCAGCUGGACUCGAGUCAGCUGGACUGUGUAGACGUGGACGAAUGCCAGGACUCCCCCUGUGCCCAGGAGUGUGUCAACACCCCUGGGAGCUUCCGCUGCGAAUGCUGGGUUGGCUAUGAGCCGGGCGGUCCUGGAGAGGGGGCCUGUCAGGAUGUGGAUGAGUGUGCCCUGGGCCACUCGCCUUGCGCCCAGGGCUGCACCAACACAGAGGGCUCAUUCCACUGUUCCUGCGAGGAGGGCUACGUCCUGGCCGGGGAGGACGGCACUCAGUGCCAGGACGUGGAUGAGUGUGUGGGCCCGGGGGGCCCCCUCUGUGACAGCUUGUGCUUCAACACACAAGGGUCCUUCCGCUGUGGCUGCCUGCCAGGCUGGGUGCUGGCCCCCAAUGGGGUGUCCUGCACCAUGGGGCCUGUGUCUCUGGGACCAGCAUCUGGGCCCCCCGAUGAGGAGUACAAGGGAGAGAGAGGGGGGAGCACUGUGCCUCCCGCUGCAACAGCCAGUCCCACGAGGGGCCCCGAGGGCACCCCCAAGUCUACACCCACCACAAGGAGACCUUCGAUCUCAUCUGAUGCCCCUAUCACCUCUGUCCCACUUGAGAUGCUGGACCCCAGUGGGUCCCCAGGCCUCUGGAGGGAGCCCAGCAUCCAUCACACCACAGCUGCCUCUGGCCCCCAGGAGCCUGCAGGUGAGGACUCCUUCGUGGCCACACAAAAUGACGACGGCACUGAUGGGCAAAAGCUGCUUUUAUUCUACAUCCUAGGCACCGUGGUGGCCAUCCUACUUCUGCUGGCCCUGGCUCUGGGGCUACUGGUCUAUCGCAAGCGGAGAGCGAAGAGGGAGGAGAAGAAGGAGAAGCCCCAGAAUGCAGCAGACAGUUACUCCUGGGUUCCAGAGCGAGCAGAGAGCAGGGCAAUGGAGAACCAGUACAGUCCGACACCUGGGACAGACUGCUGAAAGUGAGGUGGCCCUAGAGACACUAGAGUCACCGGCCACCAUCCUCAGAGCUUUGAACUCCCCAUUCCAAAGGGGGACCCACAUCUUUCUGAAAGACUGGACUGAAAUCUUAGCAAACAAUUGUAAACCUUCUCCUUAAAGACCCCUUGGAACAUGCAGGUAUUUUCUAUGCGUGUGUGGUGUUCCUGAAGUGGAAGCUGUGUGUUGGGGUGCCGCAGUGGAGAUUUUGUGACUCUGUAAUGAUUCUUACUCCCCCUUCCUUUUCAAAUGCCAAUGUGACCAAUUCCAGAUCAGGGUGUGAGGAGGCCGGGGCUAAGGGGCUGCCCUGAAUAGCUUCUCUGCUCACUUCUACCAUCUAAGAGGAAAAGGUGGGCUGCUCAUGCCGAUUAGGAUUCAAAUGAUUUGUUUCUCUUCCUAGGAUGAAAACUAAGUCAAUUAAUUAUUCAAUUA